UUGAAAAACACCCAAUUCCUCUGUUACAUUUCUUGCAAUCUCACCUGAUAGAAAGUUACAGGUUGAGACUUUGUUACGUGUAACAUUUCUCCCCCAAACACAAACUGUAAGAAAGUCACCUGUAACUUUCUUACAUUUUACACAAGUUACAGGCAUCCAAACGGCCCCUUAGAGUUACAUGGGGCCAUGGCUUGGACCGUUUGAUUUCAUCUACAUCAUGAAUCCGGCAUGAUAUAAUUUCUGUGUUUAUUAAUUAUUACUUGUAGUAAUAAUACUCUGGAGAAACUACGAAUUCAAAAUUGGUGCCAUGAAUUUCACGUGCCCAUUGAAUGGGAUUACCCAAUCAAUGGACCGCCUCUCUUUGGUGGGCUGAAACCAAAAAAGCAAACCGAUCAAUUAUACCUACUAUCCUGUCGGCAGUCCACAAGUAAACUGAACCAAUAAUUAGGAUAACUAGACUGGUGCACUAUUUGGUCAGGGGUCGCUUGAAUGGUCCAGAUGGAUGGGUGCAAGGACUGAAUUUCUGUAGAGAUGAUUUACACACCGUUUCUUAUUAGUUAAAUUGUCACUCUAUUCUGAGUCCUUUUAUACUCUGGCAAAUUGUGAUGGUUCAUGCAUGCAGUCAGCAAUUACACAUGCCCAUUAGUAAGAGGUUAGGAUUUCUGAACCAAUCUGAUUUUUGGGUUAUGACUAUCUACAUUUGGGUCCCACGAUUUCUCUAGUUUUAGCUCCUUUUAACUUGGUCUACUGAGUGCAAGCUAUAUUAUUAUUAACUCUCCUUUGUUACAUCGUAGCUACUAACUCCAUACUCUUCCUUCUUAAUGUUUCCAUAUUCCAUGUGGUAAGACAAAUCAUAUUCUCUUGGACUAGCUUUUUACCCAUGUGCAUCCAGAAUGACAUGAAACUGAUGCCUACUUCUCACAGGUGUUAUUGCGGUUUGUUGCUUCCGAGAGACGCCCUAUCCAGCCCUUGCUCAUUUCUAAUUGCACCUGGGUUUUGAUGCAAUGCCUCGCUUAUAGGGAAUGCCAUAGCAUGAGUUUGGAAUGUCAUAUUGUUCAAAUUCAUGAUGAAAGUUAUGGCAUGAACUUGACGCUGACUGUGAACUUGAUGCAACCCCUUUAUCUGGGCUGGGGACCGGCAAUGAUAGCACAAAACUCCUUUAUGUGCAAUGUAAUAGACAAUUACAUAGGUUGGUUACAAUCAAGGGCUAUCAAAUAAUCUAUUACACCGGUUGAUUACAAUCAACGAGUUUAAUAACAUCUAAUAUAAUAAAAAAUUUCUAGGAACCAACUUCAUUCCAUGGAUUAUAGCUAAUAAUUUCUAACAUCUAUUAACUAAUAAUAUCUUUUUGAGUAAUUCAGUCUUGUAUUAAAUAUUAUAAAGUAUUAAAAAAAUAUUAAAAUGUAAGUUUCUACAACUAUGCCUACAUAAAACCAAGACAACAAUAUAAAUAAAAAAGAAUAAGCAAACACAUUUUAUAAGUAGUAAAUCGUUUAUUACACCAUGAAUAUUGCGAUAGGAGAAAUUAUAGGUUCUUGCUGCAUGCAUCUUGAUGGAUCCAAUCCCAUGUAAAUUGGGUCCAUGAUUUGGUUAACAAUGCUAUUGAACGAUGCAACCUACUAUGGACGAGGAAAGCCCAAAGUAUUUUUCUGAUGAUCCUAGACAUCCAUCCCUUGGCCUUUUCUCCAAACCAUGGUUGUAGCCUUUUCUGAUAGUGGCUAUUUGCAAUUUAUUGAUAAAAGGGUUGCGACAUUUUAGGCUAUCAUACCUUUGAGACAUCCUUAUGCACAGGGGAGCUCAUUGGGUUAAUGGUUUGGAUCAUCCAACAAUGAGACCCACUUGCAUGGACUGAUGAAUCAGGAAACGGUUCAUUAGAUUAAUGGUUUGGAUCGCCCAAGCCUAUUCAAGGGGUGGGUGAAGACCGUCUCUCCAUGAUCAAUUGCUUGGGAUUAAAAUCAAGAAGGUGAUUGGUGAUGGACCCUUACAUCUACAUGAUACUUCAGCUGUUGUGGCAGAUUUCAAUAUUGUUAGUUAUCUGGGAAAUUUCUAUUCUAGUAAUCCUGUGAUGUCAUUGCCCUUCACAUGGUGUGGCUAUGGGGGCAUUCAUGCCAUAAUUCCAAGGCCACCUGUAACGACUCUGAUUUUUUUGACCCACUUGAGAGACCAUGACUAAGAAAAUUAGUAAUUUGUUUUUUUUUUUUUUUUUCCUUUAUUAAUAGAACCAGGCAAAUAGCCAAGUUAGUAGGAGCACUCUCGGUAGAGGGAUAGGUUAGUGGAUUAAUUCUCCACACCACAAGUGUUAUAUUUUUUUUUUUUGGCAAAAUCCUCAAAACCUUGGUGGAAUCUUAUAGAUCCAGGGCUCUUCCUCUAUUUAAAGGGAAGAUCUGCGGGAAAUUCUUGCAGAAAGCAGCCGUAGGAGGGAGAGAAGCUCUGCGAAUGAGAAGCCUCUGCCGGGAUUUGAAGUAUAGUUUUUGAACACGUCUGGUUAUUUGAAGGAUUCGACCCUACCACAAAUAGAUACGUGUAGAACGUGUUGCAAGUCUCAUGAUAUCUACAUCGAUGCAGCAUUCCAAGGUCAAGGAUAUGAGUGCUGAGGUGGUAGACAGCAACCCCUACAGUAGGCUUAUGGCACUUCAGAUGAUGGGUAUUGUGGAGAAGUAUGAAAGGAUACGGGAAUUCUCGGUUGCCAUAGUUGGCAUAGGUGGCGUAGGUAGUGUUGCUGCCGAGAUGCUCACAAGGUGCGGUAUAGGACGUCUUUUGUUGUAUGAUUAUGACACAGUGGAGCUAGCUAACAUGAAUCGGCUCUUCUUUCGUCCAGAGCAGGUUGGCAUGACCAAGACAGACGCUGCUGUUCAGACCCUUUCAGAAAUUAAUCCUGAUGUUGUGCUUGAGAGCUAUACUCUCAACAUCACAACUGUCAAAGGUUUCGAGACUUUCAUGGAGAGCCUAACAUGUCGAAAUUUUCGCUCAAGUAAGAAAGGCAGUGGAGUUGAUCUUGUUUUGAGCUGUGUAGAUAAUUAUGAAGCUCGUAUGGUUGUAAACCAGGCUUGCAACGAGCUGAGCCAAACAUGGAUGGAGUCUGGUGUAUCUGAAGAUGCUGUUUCAGGCCAUAUACAGUUGCUGAUUCCUGGGGAAACUGCUUGUUUUGCUUGUGCUCCUCCUUUGGUGGUGGCAUCUGGAGUAGAUGAACGUACCCUCAAGCGUGAAGGUGUUUGUGCUGCAUCAUUACCAACUACCAUGGGGGUUGUUGCUGGUCUUCUAGUCCAAAACACACUCAAAUUCUUACUAAAGUUUGGACAAGUAUCCCCAUACUUGGGAUAUAAUGCCCUUAAGGACUACUUUCCAACCAUGGAAAUGAAGCCAAACCCUCAAUGUUCAAACUCGGUUUGCUUGGAACGGCAGAAGGAGUACAUUAGCAUGAAGCCAGCUAGAGAUGCCGCUGCUAAAGCAAAGAUGGAGGCUGAAGCAUCAUCCAGAAAAGAAGGCCCACUUCAUACCGAUAAUGAAUGGAACAUAAGUGUUGUUGAUGACAGUGAGACGGAGAGCUCCCACGUUUGCAAGAGUUCAGGUGCUCUUUCGGAAGGCCUUAUCCAUGAGCUCCCCAUUGCUGAUGAUUUCCAAAAGCCAACAAUUCCAGGAGAAUCUAAUGCUGUGAGUGAUGAUCUUGAGGAUCUCCGCAAGCAACUCGAAGCCUUAAAUGCGGUGGUUUGACUCAACUAGAGAAUUAAGUACUUCAUCGUAGUAGGUCAACACACCUUUCAAAAAAAGCAAAAAAAAAAAUCAUAAUGUUGAUGCAUUAAACAUCAACUCCAAAUACAAGUCUUAACCCACAAUGUGGAUCAUAUCUCAGUUUCGAUCCUUCUCAACCUGUAAAAUUUAGCACCCAUGGUUUUAUUUAUCCUUAAACCAGCAUCCCUUAUUCAAUCUUGGUAGCAUCGAUGAGCUGAUGAUGAUAUUUAUAGACAAACCAAUUGCAAGAUGAUUGCAAAGAAAAAAAAUAUUUCAGAUUUCACACUGACAAUGUAAUGAUUUUAAAAAAAAAUUAUUUCUAUUUACUGGGAUAAUAAACAUUUUAAGAGGUGCCUGAAACUUUUGAGUGUCUUAAUAAUCUUACACAAUGAUAGGGCAUUUGAUUCCA